CUAAUAGAAUAGUAUAGGCCCUGUUUGGUUCCUCUGCUAAAUUUUAGCUAGCUAGAGCCAUGAGAGCCGCGGCGUAUUCUACUCCCCAUUUCAUAGCUUAGCCUCGGAUCACCGAUCAUUUCACAGCUCCAGCAUCAGCGGAUCAGCCUGCACAUAUUCUACUCCCCAUUUGGAUUCUCGUGCACUCCUCUCCCAUUGACCCAUUCUGCUCUCGCAGCUUCAUUAUCCGCGCCGUCACUCUCGUCUUCUCCGAGUCCGAGCAACCGAGCCGCCUGAUCGAGAGCUUCAGCUGCGUCGCUAGAGCCAUGAGAGCCGCGGCGUCCCUUGCGUUCUUCCGUAGACACUUGCACCAGUGCAACAGCGGCAUCGGGCCACACCUACAGCACCAGCCACGCCGCUACGCGAGUCGUCCGCACUCGGAUCACCUCGCCCGAGCUCGCGCGCUCGUUACUUUGUCGCCAUACCGAUACCGCCCGCGCGGGUCGGCGGAGGAGGCGCAGGCGCGGCACGGAGGCGGAGAGGCGGUUCUGGACCCGGCGGAAGCCGGCACGGUGCGGUGCGCGGCCAACCACGCGCCGCUGACGCCGAUCAGCUUCGUCGAGCGCGCCGCGGCCGUGUACGGGAGACGCCCCGCGGUGGUUUACGGGGAGCGGCGGCGCACGUGGAGCGAGGUGCGGGGCCGGUGCGUCCGCUUGGCGGCCGCGCUCGUCACCCACUUCGGCGUGGCGCGCGGCGAUGUGGUCGCUGUCCUCAGCCCCAACGUGCCGGCGAUGUACGAGCUGCACUUCGCCGUGCCGAUGGCCGGCGCGGUCCUCUGCACGCUCAACACCCGGCAUGACGCAGCCAUGCUGUCCGUUCUACUGAAGCACUCCGGCGCCAAGGUGUUCUUCGUCGAGUCGCACCUCCUCGACGUUGGGAGAGCAGCGCUGAAACUCCUCGCCGAGUCUAGCCCUGCCAGCCUUCCGGCUCUUCUAACCACUACAGACGACGACGGCGAACCCGGCGGCGCCGCCGCCUCGGGCCGCCGCACGUGUACGGACUACGAGGACCUCAUAAAAAACGCCCCGUCACAGUUCGACAUCCGGUGGCCGGUGAACGAGCUGGACCCGAUCUCCCUGAACUACACGUCCGGCACGACGUCGCGGCCCAAGGGCGUGGUCUACAGCCACCGGGGCGCGUACCUCAACACCGUCGCCACGGUGCUCACCUACGACGUCGGCACCGCGCCCACGUACCUGUGGACCGUGCCCAUGUUCCACGGCAACGGCUGGAACCUGACGUGGGGGCUCGCCAUGCAAGGAGGCACCAACGUCUGCCUCCGCCGCUUCACGGCGAAGGACAUCUUCGACGGCAUCGCGCGGUGGAAGGUGACGCACAUGGGCGGCGCGCCCACGGUGCUCAGCAUGAUCGUCACCGCGCCGCCCGCGGACCGGAAGCCUAUGCCGGGGACGGUGCGCGUCAUCACGGGCGGCGCGCCGCCGCUGCCCCACGUCCUGGUGGAGAUGGAGAGGCUCGGCUUCGUCCUGUACCACGUCUACGGCCUGACGGAGACGUGCGGGGUGGCGACCGUGUGCGCGUGGACGCCGGAGUUGGACGCGCUCCCCGCCGAGGAGCGCGCGCGGCUCAAGGCGCGCCAGGGGUGCCACCACUUCGCGGUGCAGGACGCGGACGUCAAGGACCCGGCCACGAUGGAGAGCGUGCCGCGCGACGGCCGGACGAUGGGCGAGGUGAUGUUCCGGGGCAACACGAUGAUGAGCGGGUACUACAGGGACCUCGACGCGACCAAGGAAGCCAUGGCCGGCGGGUGGCUGCACACGGGGGACCUCGCCGUGCGCCAUCCGGACGGGAGCAUCCAGGUCAAGGACCGGGCCAAGGACAUCAUCAUUUCCGGCGGCGAGAACGUCAGUUCGAUCGAGGUGGAGACGCUGCUGUCCAGUCACCCGGCCGUUCUCGAGGCGGCCGUCGUGGCGAGGCCAGACGACCACUGGGGCGAGACGCCAUGCGCGUUUGUGAAGCUCAAGGACGGCGCCAGCGCCACGGAAGCCGAGAUCAUAGGAUUCUGCCGGGAGAGGCUGCCCCGUUACAUGGCGCCCAGGACGGUGGUGUUUGAGGAUUUGCCCAAGACACCGACGGGGAAGACGCAGAAGUUUGUCCUCCGCGAGAAAGCCCGGGCUAUGGGCAGCCUGACAAAGACUGACAGUGGCAACGUGUGAGAUCACUGUUCGACUGAUUCAGACAAUUUCUCUUGUAUGAUUGCGCUGUUUAUUUUAUUUAGUAUGAGGAAAUCGUGGUAUUAUUGUA